GUGCUGGACUGAGAGGCUGCAGGCAGCAUGAGCACGAGCAUGUCUGACACCCUCUUCAAGAGAUAGCAGCAAAGAUGCAGUCACUUCUAAGCAUGAUGAGCACCCAGGUGUGGUUCCUCUUCUUCAGUGUGAAUUUACUCUCACUACAAAUCUCACUCUGCCAAGAGCUCCAGAGUGAAACUGACCCCAGCAAUCAGAGCUUGAACAGUACACCACUCACUGUCAACCAUACACUCAAUCUUUCUCGCAAACUCCUCCAGUUUAUCCAGUCAGAUCUCAAGAACAUGACUCACCUGAAAGCUCUGGAUGCAGUUCUGAAAAAGUAUGUGGGGCCACUCUCUACAGUCCAGAAACUUGACCUGUCUGGAAAUGGCCUAUAUACAGACAUGAUUGACUAUCUUCUGAGAGAUGCUCCUGCUCUUACCAACCUCUCUCUAAAUGAAAAUAGCAUAACAAAAAUAGGCAAUGCUACCUUCAGUGGUUCCCUAUCACUAAGAAACAUUGAUUUACAUAACAAUGUCAUUCUAGAGAUUGAGGAGGGCACAUUUGAUUCUCUGCUCAAUCUCACUGAGCUGGAUUUAUCAGUGAAUUCAAUCUCAUGCAUUACUGACUUUAACCUGUUCCAGCUGAGAUCAUUAAACCUGAGCAAAAACAGCAUGACCUCCUUCCAAAGCACUGACUCGAACCAAGAGUUUGAGUUGCUCUACCUGGACCUGAGGGAGAACAAGAUGCACUACUUUCCUGUCCUGCCAAGGAGGAACAAGAUCAUCUAUCUAGACAUUUCACGGAACCAACUGCAUAGCCUGAACAGCACAGGUCCAGAUGAUGAGCUUCAGUAUCUGAGGGACAUAGAAGAACUGACUCUUUUUCCACUCCACAGCAGCAAAACCCACCAGUUUCUUCCCAAACUUCUGUACUUAGACCUGAGCUAUAACCAGCUCAAGGCUGUGCCUCCUGAUUUCUUCUCCAGUUUGGAGGCUCUGGAUACCCUGAACAUCAGCAAUAACUGUCUAGACAACUUCAUGAUGGACACUGGGAGUCCUCUGAAUGCACUGAAGACCCUUGACCUGAGCUACAACAACCUGCAGAACCUGACCUUUAUGGAAAACACGCUGCAGGCACUGGAGACACUUUACCUGCAGGGCAACAUUCUCACGAUGUUGGACUCUGGAAUCUUUCAUUUACCCAGCAUCACCAACCUGCAUCUUCAGUUUAAUGAGCUGAGCAUCUGUGGUCCACAGCAAAACCAAACCAGUGGCUGUGUCGCUCUCUUCUCUAUCCCUACCCUGCGAUACCUUUACCUAUCUGAGAACAAACUGACUUCCUUGCCUGCACAUGCAUUCCAGGAAACCCCAUUACUCAUCUUGGACCUAUCACUGAACCCUAACAUGAAAAUCAGUGAACAGGCCUUUUCAGGCUUAGAGCGGUCCCUCACCCACCUGUACUUGAGAGGAAACCAGCUUGAAAAGCUUAGCAUCAGCCUCUUAUCAACUCUACGCAGCUUGAAGGUUCUGGAUUUGCCCAAUAACCAGUUAGAUGGCCUGUUUCUGGGUAGCAGAGACUCUUCCAUUGAGAUUCUGAAUCUGCAGAACAACAAAAUCAAGAUCCUAGACAUUUCCACAGUAUUGGCAAUAGAGAAGACAAUCAGAACUCUCUAUCUUGCCUCAAAUCCACUCAUUUGCUGUGAAAACUUGCAUUUGAUCAGAUUGGUGCAACAGGCCCAUGUGGACAUUGACAAUGCCAUGUGCAAAUACACAGGGGAUGCUGGGUAUGGUACCGUCAACCUCAGAGACGUGAAAUCUGAACACUGUGAAACUCUGAACAGCAAAGUGUUUGUAAUUGCCAUGAUUGCUGUACUAGUCUUGGGGCUAAUGAUUGUUUUGCUGGUGGCCAUAAAGUUGUGCCACUCAAGAAGUCACAAAUUCAGCAACAGUUACAAGGCUUAAAAUAUUAUAGAAAGGAAACCAAGAAAAUUAUGUUAAGGUUGUCAGAUGUCAGGUAUUGACCCACAAGACAAAAUCUUUCAUCUGAAUGACAGUUAAACAGUUCACCUCCAUCAGGUAGAAUAGCCCAAUUAUAAAGAAUGGGGAGCCAGUUAUAUGCUGAAUAACCUUACAUGGAAGCAAGGACUGAUGAAAAUGUGACUGGUAUCACAUGAGUUCAGCAGAAGGUCCCUCCACAGUGAGGUACUGAAAAUAUGUGUGAUGGGGAAAUGGCUAAAAUGGUUGUACCAGGUUGAAACACUAGGGAUUAUGUUAAGGCUGUUAACAGAAAUGUGCAAUGUUACAGCAAAACAGAGAAGCAAAAUUGACUAGACACAUAAGCCUGAUAUAAUUGCCUAAAGAAGAAGGUUUCUAUAUAAGAGGAGGGGCAUGAGGAUCAGCACAAAUUAAGUAAGAAACCAUCACUCUUACUUAAUGAAACAAUGACAGGAAAUAUGAAGGACCAACAUUAUAAGUGUGACUUGGCUUUGCACAUCUAGCGAAGAUGUCCUUAUUAUAAUGUCAGUACUGUCAUUUUGGAUGGUCACUACAUUUCCCCAGAAAACUAUUCUUUUGCACUUUAAAGACUGUGAUAUAUGAAUAUGAAAGAUGUGUGAAAUGCAAUAUGUACAUAUAACAAAACCCAUCAAACACUAUAAAGGUUGUACCUACUACAGUUCUACAUAGGGGUAUAGAAUAAAGCGGGAUUUAAAACUUAAUAAGAUCCACACCAUUCACAUUUUAAUUGAUUGGAGUUAUUCAUUUCAAUUCAAUUCAGCUUUAAUUGUAUAGCACUUUUAACAACAGACAUUGUCCCAAAGCAGCUUUACAGAAAUAUAUACAUUCAGGAUAUAGAUUUUAAACAGAUGAAUUUAUCCCUAAUGAGCAAGCCAGAGGUGAUGGUGGCAAGGAUAGAUUAUUAGGUAUGCUUAUUGUCCCGUAAUGGUUAACGACAAUGUCCUUUGAGUGAGUGCAAACAGGGACUCUGUCAA